CACGGGGAGAACAUUGUGUUUAUUCAUGGUGUAGACAUAUUUUUUACAUGUUUUCUGGGUUAAUUGGGAAAUGUCAAGGCGUUUUGGUUUUGUAAGUUAUAUUAUGAAUAUGUCAAUUUUUUAUUGAACGGGUAGUCUUGGGAUUCCUGUUAGCUUGUUGUUGAGAAUAAUGGCCGAGGCUUAAUUGGAAUCAAUGAAUUUUCUAAACUGGAAUGGAGUUCUGUUGUGUUUGUCGUGAAUAAUGUUAUAGGGUAGGAGGUUGAUUUUGGUGAAUUGGGUUAUGCACGCAAGCUGUUUGAAGAAAGUUCUAGGGUUUACGUUUCACUGGGGAAAAACCCUAGAAACGCUUUCUUUCCUAGAAGAGGUACAAUUUUGGCAGCUACUCAUUUUGGAGUUCUGGUUUACCCAUAGUUUCCUGGAAAAAAGGAAGGACUUACAGAAUUGUAUAUUUAGAGAGUAGCUGUUUCAUUUCUCUUUUGUUGCAUUCUGUCUCUUGGAUUCAGAAUCCUUCAACUUGAAAAGAAGUUGAUGGUGGUUGUUUGUGGCAUAAAUUCAAAUUGCUGUCCACUUCUCUCGUGGGGAAUGAAUCAGAUAAAGACGACUCAAGUAGGUCCGUUCAUGGGGUCUGUGUUUUCAAAUGGCAGAACUUCUCUGUUGCAGAGCACAACUGGGUUUACUACAUUCACAAUGAAGGUAAAAAUUAUUUCCCCUGUUAAGUGCCAUCUCUAUCAAAAUGGACAGUCACAGUCUAAUUCCAAAGCAUCUAAGAAAAAAAAAAUAAAGAAGGUGAAGAAGAAAGAGCACCAUCUAUGGAAGAAAAGAGAGUCAUCUGGGUCUGGGAAAAAAGCCCUCACUCUUGUUCGAAUUGUUUCUGAGCUUCCUAAUGAGAAAGAGGCUGUAUACGGAGCAUUGGAUAAAUGGACAGCUUGGGAGACAGAGUUUCCUUUGAUUGCAGCUGCUAAGGCCUUAAAUAUGCUCAGACAGAGGGGUCAAUGGCAGCGUGUAAUUCAAGUAAACCAAGGACCAUGCACUAUAAUGGAACAUCCCAUGAGCAUUAUGCAGGUAGCAAAAUGGAUGUUAAGCAAAGGUCAAGGAGCCACAAUGGGAACUUAUGACACACUCUUAUUAGCAUUUGACAAAGAUAAGAGGGCAGAUGAGGCUGAAUCAUUAUGGAACAUGAUUUUGCAUACGCACACCAGAUCUAUUUCAAAGCAGUUGUUUUCAAGGAUGAUCUCUUUAUAUGAUCAUCAUGACAUGCAAGAUAAGAUUAUAGAUGUAUUUGCAGACAUGGAGGAGCUGGGUGUAAAACCAGAUGAAGAUACAGUCCAGAGGGUUGCCCGUGCCUUCCAAAAACUAGGUGAAGAAGAGAAGCGGAAGCUGGUUCUUGCAAAAUACCAGUGUAAAUGGAAGUACAUACACUUCAAAGGGGAACGAGUGAAAGUGAGAAGAGAUGUAUGGGAGUAUAAUGGUUCAACCGACUGAACUUUUACAAGGCAAGCGUGGUAAAGAAUAGCAGCCUUUUCUCAACUAGUUUUUGCUUUUUCGUCUUUAGUACAGGAAAUACAUAAAGAAAUUGUUGGGAGCAAUGUGAUAGCUAAAGAAAAAGUUAUAGUUAAGAUUAUGUCUUACACCAAUGACCACGAUAAUUUAUAUAGAGUAUCUAUUUAUUUAUUUUAC